AUGCCCAACCAGAAGAACAACAAGGGGAAGAAGAGCAAACGCACUAACAGCAGCGGGGAUGAACAGGAAAAUGGAGCCUGCGCGGCCGCAACAGGAGGCGCGGCCGCGGUUGCUGCUGCUGCUGCACCCGGGAGCGAGCGUUCGAGUGAGGUCCAGUGUGCGACCCCUCUGGUCUGCAGCUUGAGCCGGCCCAUUGACCUGGAGAAGGAUGACUACCAGAGGAUCCAGUGCAAUAAUGAACUGUGUCCUUACGGAAACUGGAUGCAUUUGCAGUGUUUCUAUGAAUGGGAGAGCUCUAUUCUGGUACAAUUCAACUGCAUCGGCCGUGCACGUUCGUGGAAUGAGAAACAGUGUCGACAGAACAUGUGGACCAAGAAAGGAUACGACCUAGCUUUUAGGUUCUGCUCUUGUCGUUGUGGCCAAGGUCAUCUGAAAAAAGACACUGACUGGUAUCAGGUGAAGCGCAUGCAGGACGAACGAAAGAAGAAGCCAUCUGAGAGGAGCACUGGGAGGACAGGGUCCUGUGGAGGGGCUUCUGGGCCUGGGGAUGGUGUGUUUGAUGACCCUAGGAAACGACAGCAAACAGGAGGACUAGGUAAAACAACGCAUAGAGCGUCGAGUCAGGAGCAACCGCGAAGACAAUCAGUGGACCGCCAGAACUCAGUUGAGAGAGGAGCAGGUGCAGCAGGAGGUUUCUUUCCUUUAGGGCCUCUAAAAUCUCCAUGCGACUCGCCAGGACAGUCUCCUCCAACUGGUUUCUCCUUCUCGCCAACCACCGUCCUUGGACAAGGUGGAGUUGGUUCAGGUUUUCGGGGUUCCCGGCAAUUAGGAGAAUUCCUCAAAACUGCAGUUCACAUGGAUGCUCAACGGAAGCAACUUAUAGUUGGCGGAUCCCUGAGCCGAGCCUCUGGUUGCGUUCCUCACCUUGAACCCGCAGCUGUUCUGCCCCUACCGAUGGCUUUUACCCUCCCUCUUCAUCACCGGCUUGCAUCAGGCAGCAUAAGUGAUGGCACCCUUCCACAGCCUGUACAGUUCCUGAGGAGGCUGGACCUCUCGGAGCUACUCACUCACAUCCCUCGCCAUAAACUCAACACCUACCAUGUUAGAAUGGAGGACGAUGCCCAGGUGGGCCAGGGAGAAGAAUUGCGCAGGUUCAUUCUGUCCACACUCAGUGCAAGCCAGAGGAACGUGGUGAACUGUGCGCUGUGCCACCGAGCGCUCCCAGUUUUUGAACAAUUUCCACUAGUGGACGGGACAAUGUUCCUUAGCCCAUCACGCCAUGAUGAGAUUGAGUACGAUGUUCCUUGCCACCUGCAAGGUAGGUUAAUGCACCUCUAUGCCAUAUGUGUGGAUUGUCUCGAAGGUGUCCACAAGAUCGUGUGCAUCAAAUGCAAGUCCCGGUGGGAUGGGAGCUGGCACCAACUAGGCACGAUGUACACCUACGACAUCUUGGCUGCUUCUCCUUGUUGUCAGGCCCGUCUCAACUGUAAACACUGCGGGAAGCCAGUGGUCGACGUUCGUGUCGGGAUGCAGUAUUUCUCCGAGUACAGCAAUGUGCAGCAGUGCCCUCACUGCGGUAAUCUGGACUAUCACUUUGUCAAACCUUUCUCCUCCUACAAAGUACUCGAGGCUUAUUGA